AAUCGCGUUGUCAUGGCGGUCGUCGUCGCCUUUGAAGUGCUAGCGGAGACGAGAGGUCUCUCCAUAGCCGCCCGCGCCACUAGUUCUCUAGAGCAGAGUGCCGAGCAAUCUCCGUCCAUUCCCCCACGAGAACCCACCCUGCAGCGGCGAGCGAUGGCGCUGACCCGGCUCCUCUUCCCUGCCGCCGUCCUGGCCUGGCUCUCCUCCGGCUCCGCGUCGCCCUCCCUGUCUGCAGACAGAGUGUCCCAGGCCGGCACCGGAUCCACGGGGAGGAGGAGCUUGCUGCAGACCAAGAGGGACUGCCCUAUGGACUUUGAGUCCCAGAACUACACAAUCAUCACAAGCAGGUGCAAAGGGCCACAAUCACCUCCUACGGAAUGUUGUGAUGCUUUCAAGAAAUUUGCAUGCCCAUUUGCCUCCUACAUCAACAACCAGAGCACUAACUGUGCAAGCACGAUGAUAAGCUACAUCAACUUCCAAGGCUCGUACCCAGCAGGCAUGUUCUCUGCUGAGUGCUUCAAAGGCAAGGAAGGGGUUUCUUGCGAAGGCGUUCCAGGGGUAGACACCGCCGUGCCAAGUAGUGGGCGACGAGCUCAAGGGAGUUCGCGACAUCCUUUGGUCACUCUCUUGUGUGGAAUAGGAGCAUUGCUGUUCCAUUGAGUGACACCUUGCAGUUGUACAAAGAUGGUGUGAAUUUCAGGUGUAAGUUGUAAGUAGUACUCCCUCUGUAAACUAAUAUAAGAGCGUUUAGAUCACUAUUUUAGUAUUCUAAAAGCUCUUAUAUUAGUUUACAGAGGGAGUAACUAGCAACGAUUAGGAUUGAUUUGCAUCUCGUUGGCGCUCUUUUUGAUGUUGUGAUUGGACAUUGGCUUUACCAAGUAAGGUCUCUUCAGGGAACACUUCAUACUUAAUAAUAGAUGUUUUAUUGUUGUA